AUGUGCAAGGCGGGAUGCGACAGCAUGGAGUGGCGAAGAGCAUCAAGUCAUAAAGCCAAGCGAGGCAUCUUGUGGGCUGGCAAAACUGAGAAUAAAGUGGUAAGCUCAUCCGGAGAAGUUCAGGCUGAUGUCCAACCUGGUGAAGCUGACGACAAAGAAGAUGAUAAGGUGAGCCAGCUGGCCAAACAACACGAUGCGGUUCAGAGCUACAAGGCAAAUGAGGUGACUGGAUGGGUUCGAGACUUUGACCCCAAGGACAUCAGCGAGUUUGCGGGUCAAGAGUACGCCGGGAAGGACCUGCUGGCGAUGGGCGUGGCAGAGCUCGACAACCUCGAGUUGGCAAAAGGGCCACGGAGGCGCCUGAUAGAGAGCAUCAAGAAGCUGAAAGCGGCGGCCGCCAUUAGACAACCCAAACUGAAGCUUCGCAAUGCAGGCACUGACGAUGAGGGUCGGAUCAAGAUGGUCGGUGACAUGCUGUCGGCGCUGGUCGAGCUGCAGCUGAAGGACAAAGACCUCUUGCAAGCAGCCAUCGAUGUAAUCAAGAAGCAGCUCGAAAAGCUACAGGACGACCAGGGUCGGAUCAAGAUGGUCGGUGACAUGCUGUCGGCGCUGGUCGAGCUGCAGCUGAAGGACAAAGACCUCUUGCAAGCAGCCAUCGAUGUAAUCAAGAAGCAGCUCGAAAAGCUACAGGACGACCAGGGUCGGAUCAAGAUGGUCGGUGACAUGCUGUCGGCGCUGGUCGAGCUGGAUGCAAACAGUGUGAUGAGUUCAGCUCUUCAGGAUGUGGAUGUCACAUCGGUGUUGGAGCAGGCCUGCAACGCAACCAGGAGUGAUGUGAAGAGCUACGGGCCAAAGCAAGUAGCUGCAUGGACUGCGGCAAAACUGGUUUCUGCCAAGUACGACGCUGCGGCGAUCCAACAGGCGCUUGGAGUGCUGAAGACGAGCGGCCCUACCCUGCUGAACAUCACAAGCCAAGAUCUCCAGCGCUGGGGGCUAGAUGAUCGCAGCAUCGAAAAGACCGUGCUCGAGGCGUUGACAUUUCGUGACCUCGUGAACGACGAGGCGAAGGUCCAGUACAACUAUCAAAACAAGGUGUGGGUAUAUGGCCGUCCGACAAGUUUCCCCCCAUGUGGCUACGUCCCAGACGCGCAGAUGCUGAAGAUAAGCAUCAAUGGCACGCAUAGCUCAGAGAUUCUGUUUAUGAACUCCGAAGGCAAGAGUUGUAUCCCAACCUUCCACGGAGAAAGUGGCAGUGGAAAGACUUUGCUAGCUGUGAUGAAGCCGGCUAUCCUACUGCAAGCCGAUCAAGGCGAUACUGUUCGGGUGUUCACUAUGACCGUCAGUGCCGAGGAGGUGCAAGAGAUCAGCCAAGCCCAAAGCAAAGAUGAUCGCGAUGACCGGUGCAAAGCCAAGGUCAUGAACACAUUCAAGAAGUGCAUCAAGUCGGCUUUGGGAGAUUCAGGUUCUGAGACGUAUCUGCUCCAUACCUGGCCGUACCUGAAGCUAAGGCUGGAGCACCCUGAUCCAGACGAUCUUGGCAAUGUGGUAUUUGUAAUCGAUGAGAUUGGAACAUGCCUCGAUUUUGCACGUGGAGUGGCGGCGCAACAAGAGGACAUAUACAAGCACAUGCAGCAGUUUUGCAAAAAUAAGAGCCAAUUGGUCAUGGCAGGCACUGCAGGUGCAGGCACUGUGGCAUAUCAGCCAUCUGUGGAAGUGUCGACAAAGCCAGAGCAAGUUUGCCUAGUCUUCGUCGGCAGCGUGAAAGACGCAACCUUCGGGCGUGCCCUAUGUGAAGCAAUGCUCCCCCUUGAAACUUGUGCAGUGAGAUACGACGACUUGAUGGAGGUCAAAUCUAUGAAGGCAUAUCUCAGCAACGCACGGACUGCAGUCUUGUUAGUGGAGGAGGUCGCGCGAUGGGUGAACAAGAAACCCGCAAACGUUGCAAAAGAGACCGUGCGUGACGCAUGGAAGCGUAGUCCUCAUUUGACAAGCUAUUUGGUGCCGAGCAAGUACAGAAUGCUCAAUCGCCUGCAGAGCGUGACGUGCAUCCGUGAUCAUGCCGAUUGCGCUUUGAAGCUGCUGAUGCACCCUUCGCUUCUGGAAAGCAAAGAUAUUCCAGAACCUGAAGUUGCCAGGAGGUGUGUGACACUAGGACUCGUGGCUAUUCCAGAUUCUCAACAAGCUGCAGCAAUCCACGCCCCCACCGGCAGCAAGUCAUAUUUCUCAACAACCACUUUCGACUCCUCUGAGGCUCUGAAGCAGAUGCUGCUUGCUGCAUUCGAAGUUCCGGCCAUUCUUCCAAAGGACGGACUGUCACUGGAACUCGUGGUGGCCGAGGCCCAGAGGCGCUUCUCAGAAGUGCUGACAGGCAAUCGAGCUACCCUGAAGCAUCUGCCGUAUGCUAUGCCUCCAGUGGACAAUCAGGAUAUGGAAGGCAUUCCAGAGAAUACAUUCGUGGAGAUUCUUGAUGCGCUUGCUUCCCAGCAAACAGUCGUGCUGGUCAACGGACCCAGUGCGCAGGGAGCUGACAUCAUCCUGCUUCGAGCGGCUCAGCAUACCAAGAAUUGCACGGCCACGAAGCCUUUUGUUCGCUUCGUGCAGGUUAAGAACCAGAAUCGUGCGGCGAACCAGACGGAUGUCGUGAGAACAUUGGGAGUUGCAGCAAAGGCAAACGCAUCCCAGAGCAAAUUUCAGAAACCUAACCCAUGGUCUGCGAUGGUACUGAAUUGGUUCUGCCGGGUGGUGAGCGAGAAGAAUUGCAAGAACUUGACACGGCACUUUGGACAGGUGCGAGAACUGAAAGGCAAACCUCGAGAGAUGGACGUGGAUGUGGAGCUUGUUCUCCUCGAAAGAGUGACGACUCAAAAGGCACCUCCAUCGUUACAGAAGCCGAGAUUUUUAAAAGAAUGCCCUACCUUCAAGCUGCAGAGUUUGGAGCACCUGGCUCCAUUUCCGACACAACUGCCGUCUAGUACGGCGAAAGCAUAUGGGCAGAAAAAGGCCAACCGCCGGAAAACUCCAGUGCAUUGCAGCUCAUGCGCUGGUUGUUUGCCUUGUGUGAAUGCUGGAAGGGUACUGCGUCGUGAACGUUUCCGCCUGGCAUUCAGGUGGACUGGAGCAUCGGGAGUGGUUUGCUCUACCCCAAACAAUAUCCCCGGUAUCAAGUGA